CAGCACACAUAUACAGACCAAAUACAUACCAAUAGCCGAGUAUGUGAUAAGUUAUAGUGAUUGAAGAGUAAUGUUGUUAGAACUUAAAAAGAUGUAAUGAUAUGGCAGUGGUUGACAUUCCCGUCUUUAUUUCGUACGUACACUGCAUGAACCAUAAUAAACUCCAUUGCUAAUCCAUGAAACAUUAUUUUCACUGUAGAGUGGGAUUCUAUUGGGUCCAUCCCUAAUGGGAAGAAUCAAUGUCUUCAGUAAGACAAUCUUCCCCAACUAUUACUUUGCUGUGUUGGAACCAAUGGCACACUUGGCUCUGGUUUUCUAUGCCUUCCUCAUGGGACUAGAGAUGGACAUCCGAUCAAUUUCGCGCACCGGAACCAAGGCUUGGAGCAUCGCCGCUGCUGGAGCAGUCAUCCCUUUCGUCUUCGGUGCAGGCCUAUUCUUCAUGUUCCAAACCCCGGACAAAAUGGGUUCCUUUUUCUGGGGCAUUGCCCUUACUGUCACCGGGUUCACUGUGCUCGCCCGAAUCCUCGAAAAGCAAAAGAUCCUCCACACCGAGAUUGGCAAGACGGCCUUGUCGGUUGCCUUGGUCAACGACUUCGGUUCCUGGAUUUUCCUGGCACUAGCACUGGCACUCUCUAGUGGCGCAUCGACAUUUCACUGGGCAUUGGUUUGCACCAUUGCGUUUGUGAUGUUCUGUGUGUACUACGUCCGUGCAGGCCUCAAAUGGGUAAUUCGUCACACACCCGAAGGGCAAGGCUACAGUGAGUUCUAUAUAUGCUUUAUACUCUCCGGGGUUAUGCUCUGUGGUGCUCUCACCGAUGCUUGCGGCACACAUCCGAUGAUCGGAGCUUUCGUGUUCGGACUUUCCAUACCUAAUGAAAUGCUUCAAGCUACACUUGUUGAUAAGCUUGAGGACUUUGUGUUAGGGUUCUUCAUGCCAAUUUUCUUUGCGGUUUGUGGGGUGAGGACCAAUCUUGAUCAUAUCAGCGACAAUACUUCCUGGGCGUUGGUGAUGGUGGUGGUAGUUUUGGCUUGUUCAGCUAAAGUUUUGGGCACUCUCUUCGCGUCUUUCUUCUAUAACAUCCCACCUCGGGAGGCAGUAGCAGUUGGUGUGCUUUCAAACACCAAAAGUGUCAUGGUGAUGGUCAUUCUUGAAGUUGGACAGCAGCAAGGGGCCUUGACCACGCAAACUUACACGAUAAUGGUGGUUGCCGUCCUGGUGAUGACGAUGAUUGUUACACCCCUCACGAUGAUACAGCAACCAUCACAAAGUUUCAUCCCCUAUAGGCGAAAGACCAUACAGAACUCGAGAUCUGAGGAUGAGCUCCGAAUCCUUGCAUGUAUCCAUGGAACACGCAACAUUCCGGCCAUCAUCAACCUUCUUGAAGCUUCAAAUGCCACCCAACGAUCCCCCAUCAGCGUCUUUGCUCUCCAACUUGUUGAACUAGUUGGCCGUGCCUCUGCCAUGCUUGUUGUACACAACUCACGUAAAGCUGGACCGAGAAACCCGAGCCAUGUAGAGGCACAAACGGAACAACUCAUCAGUGCCUUCGACAACUUCGAGCUCCGGUGUGAAGGAAUCACCACUCAGGCACUCACUGCUAAGUCUUCUUACUCCUCAAUGGACGAAGACAUCUGCAAUAUUGCAAAGGAUAAGCGUGCAGCGUUCAUAAUCCUCCCUUUCCAUAAACAACACACCCUAAAUGGUGACAUGGAAGACAUCAACCCUGCUAUUAAGAGUGUUAAUGAAAAUGUGUUAGCAAAUGCACCUUGCUCAGUAGGUAUACUCAUCGACCGUGGCCUUGCUGAGACCGACAACUUCGCACGUCGUGUCACCAUGCUGUACUUUGGUGGGCCUGACGACAGGGAGGCAUUAUCUUAUGCAUGGAGAAUGGCUGAACAUCAAGACAUCAGCCUAACAGUGGUCCGGUUUCUUCCUGGCAAAGAUGUAGUGGAGCAUAUGGAUUACCUGGGGCAAGGCCAUGGGACUGUUGCUCUAAAUAUCGACACCGAUAGAGAGAAGAUGUUGGAUAAUGAGUUCCUGAACAAGUUUAAGAUCUCAACAGUGAAUGACAAAGCAAUAUCAUAUACAGAGUUGGAGCUAAAUGAUGAGGAAGAAACAAUCAAGGCAAUAAAAUCAAUGGACAAUGCUAACUACGAUCUUUACAUAGUUGGAAAAGGGAGAGGAGUGCUAUCACCACUUACAGCAGGGCUAGCUGACUGGUGCGACUGCCCAGAGCUGGGGCCUAUAGGGGAUCUGUUGGUUACAUCGGAAUUUUUAUCUGCAUUUUCAGUGCUGGUGGUGCAGCAGUAUAUAAGGACGACAGAAAGUAGAGAUGGAUCAGUGUCCAGUGGCUCAGUUAAUCAAAUGGACAAUUUUGGGCGACCAUCUGUGUCGGAGAAUGAUGGUUUCGGAUCGUUUACCAGUCAUAGAGGGAGGGACCAUGAUCACUAAAGGAGGUUGGAUGGUUAGGGUUUUAAGCCAACUCAAGUCUAACAUUUGCAUGCCCCUUUGGCUACAACAUUU